AUGAGGACGCAGAGCAACACCUCUUUGGAACAGCUCAUAGGCGAAUACUACGAGGGCUCUGACGCGUUUCGAAGGAAGUACACCUGGGACGACACAGCUUUCGGCGCCGGCCGCGAGGGAGAGCCAAACAACACGGGCAUAGCUUUCAAUAUCGAAGCGCCCGACAAUGCCGUCAUUCAAGGCGUUACCCCUCCGCCCGACACCGGAUUCUACGGGCCCUCCGUCGGAGCUCCCUCACGACCACCAUCGAGAACCAAUAAUCGAUCGCCGCUUGGUAGGAUGAUAGAAUGGACGGCCGGGGACACUACCGGAGCGCCCAGCAGUGCCGAGCAGUAUGAAGAGGACUUGCAGCGGGCCCUGCGUGAGUCGCAAGCGGACGCUGGCUUCAAGCCGCAGGAAGCUGGCGUCACAGAUACUGGCGCAAACGCGACGUACUUCGGGCCGGCCAACAGGCCCGACUAUGACCAGAACAGCUGGGCCAUGGUGACAACCGCAACAACUUCGAGCCAAGCUGUUGUCAACGGCGAUCCGCCACCCUCGGCAAGAAAGCGAGAAGAGGGUGCACCCGCAUUCCUCAUCCAGAAGCCCAACGCUCGCAACUCGUCGCAGCGAUUGGGCUCCGUGCUGACGAUCCUCCACGAAAUUCCUCUGGCGCGCAACGUUCUUCUACAAGCCGGCAAGCCGGCUGCCAGUUACGGCCACAAUAGCGAAUGGUGGAAGGGUCAGCCGAUAUAUGCCCCCCACGUCCUUGCCGCCAUGCAACAGGGCGAGCUCCAAUGGUCGGAAGAAUCGAAACCAGACUUUCACGAAGAAAUCCACCGCUUGAUGGCCUUCCUCGAUCUGACCGAGAGAAGCUAUGGAUCGGUCGAGACCAUGGCUGAUUUGGUGCCCAAAACCAACUUCAGCCCCGAGAGACAGUUCUACGACACUCUUGACGAAAAGACGGAUGCAGAGGUCCUCAAGCCCUUGACCCACGUUGCCUGUCCAUUGUCGCUGCAGACGUUCGAGCCGACGCAAGAGCCAACGCGGUUUGCGUUCCUCAACUUCGAGUUGACUAAAAGCCAAUGUGAGCAAACCAAAACUCUCUACGAUGCUUGGAACUGGAUUGUCUGGCACGAGUCCAUGACGUGGGCGGAGCUCCAGCCGAACAUGGGGAUGGUUGUUCUCGACGACAUGGGCGAGAUAAUGACCGUCAACAUUGACGCUGAGGACCCUCCGGAAAAGUUGGAGAUACCCGAAGUCUGGUAUCCAGAACGUUAUCUCGUGAGCCGGAAGGAAGAGGCGAGGGUUUGUCAGGAGCACCUCGCCUGGAUUUCCCGGGCUCUAUACGAGGCUAAUUCGAAGGAGUUUGAUCUCACCAAAUGGGUCGAUCCCAAGACGGACAAGCUCCAUGACAAGGAGGAAAUGCUGGAAAAGACGAUCAAAGAGUACGAGAGCCAUGUGCAGUACCUGGACGGGCUGGGACGCUUUCGAGAGCUGCAAAAGCUCGAAAACGAAGAUGAGAAGCAGUACACGCGCCUCGAAGAUGUACCUUGCGUCAAAACAGAAGCCGAGGAGGCGUUGGCCAAGAGCUCGCAACAGGUGGUUGACAGGUGUGUGUGGGAGCUGUCUCAGCUGAGAGAGACGAAGAAAAGACUUGAUUGGGAACGCGAGAGACUCAUUGAACGGCAACAGUUGGUCAGCAGCACUCUGCUAACGGACCCCAACAAGCCGGGCUUGACCAAGCCGUUCACCAGCAAGAAGUAUCUUCUCAGGGGAAUCGCUACGUCGCAGAACGUGACCUACGUCUGCAAGCGAGCCGAACCAGCCCUGAUUGACUUUGAGGAGGCAUCUGCUCCUGUGGACCAGUGGUGGCGCCUGUCAUACGAGCAGGGCAGCGCGAAUCCUGCAAAGGCCGAGAAAUGCUCGUUUGAGCAGGUGAUGGAGAAGAUGUUUUGGGAGACUAAAGGCCCCCUCCUUGUUUACGCCACAGAAGACGCGAUAAACACACCGGUAUCACCGCUGUCGGACGCCCUCCAGCGAUUUGCUCGGGCAGAGAAUAAGAACUUCAAACAGGAACUGAACCAGGAAAGCAUAGACGAGAGCGUACAGUCGAGGAACACAAACAUGUCGCCAAUCUCACCAUCAAAGAGGAAGUACCGCUCAGGCAGUGUCGACUCUAUGGCCACCAACCGAGCCUCCCUGGGGAACAGCGACACCAACUCAAGAGCGGGCGACUUUGACAACGAUCCCUUUAGCGAUGGAGACGGCACAAUGGACACUGAAAUGACGGACAUGGCAUCGAGGCAAGGCGCCACGGAGAUGUCAAGUGCAAGCCUGGCCGAGUUCAUGCAUUCUGGCGACAUUCACGACACGGCACGGCCUCGCAACACCAAUCCACCCAGUCCUGGGCAGCAUGGGCUCUCAGUCCCGACCACCGCCGACGAUAUUAGCCGUACCGUGACGCCAGACAUUGAGGAUCAGACCAAGGGCCCGGAGAUGCAAGAAAGGCUUGGCAGUCCAUUCAUGGCCAGACAUUCAAUAUAUGGCAUGGCACACGACCCCAGGGAUGAGCAAAAGACAAUGAAGAUGAUGGACAUGGAGAUUCCUGACGAGCAUCAGUAG